CUCAGACUUAGCCAAGCCCCAAACCACCUUUGGACCCUCCGAGCGACAUACUUACUUUCCGUUCGCGGAUGGUCUGUCAGCGUUCCCUAGGAUAUCUCAGCUUUCCUUACACCGUGGGUCGGCGAGCGGCACCAGCGGAUUCUGCGAAACGACGAUUCGUUUCUCAGCGGAAAGCGUUUGUCCACCGACGUGCGUACCGAGAUAUCCGCCGACAAUCCCCCGGACAUCGUCACAUCAAGUCCACACGAACAGAUCUAGCCCGAUCUACGUCCUUACAGCUUCUAAGCAGCAACACACACGGCAGCCUCGCUUCCAAAGGACGUAGAUUUCUGUCCCAUCUAUUCCGGUAUACUGGGAAGUCUGUAGCCAACAUGGUACCACCCAAGAUCACGGACUUCGACUAUUACGCAACACUUGGGGUCAGCCCGUAUGCGGACAAGAAGGCCAUCCAGAAAGCUUACCAUCAACUCGCUCGGGAGAGGCACCCUGACAGAAAUGGAAACAGCGCAGAAGCAACCGCCAAUUUCCAGAAGCUUAUGAAUGCAUACGAACUCUUGACCGAUGCCCCCCGUCGCACGGAGUACGAUUUCAACGCCGAACAGGAAUACAUCCGGAUGCAGGGGCGGUUGGUUGUGCUACAAAAUGACCUGAGAAACAAGUCUCCUGAUGCGGUAGCGGCAGACGCAGAGUUGAUUACCAGCUGGAUAAUCAUGACUGAGCUCGCUCAAGACAUGGGUAGUUUAGUACGGGAGCUCAAAACCAUUCCGGAUGGGCAUUGGGAGAAGCGCGAGCAACAACACCAGGCAGAGGUUGCAGAACUGCGCGAAUCCAUUGUAUCCCAGGGGGAAUCUCUGAAGAUUAGGUUUCAGCACAUGCAGAAACUGUCGACUGAGCUUGCGCAGGAGAGAAAGAAGGCGCAUGAUGCGCAGACGCGCUACGCGAGCUUGGUCGAGGCUUGUCGCCACCAGCUCACGACCUACAUCGAUGAAUCUACCGAGUCUGCCGAAGGAAGCGAAACCGAGCCGACCACUUCUGAAGGUAACGGUGGUGAAUCAACAGAGGAAACGAAGCAGGACACACCCAUGUUCUGGCCAGCUUGACAAAGCGGUGGCCGCUCAUUUUUGAGUUGGGCAGCUUGGUCAUGAGACGACGAUGAGCCAUAAUUUUUGAGGUACCAGGCGAAAUACGGAUCUCGCUCAGGGGCAAAGUAAACAGAGUUGGGUGAAACAUGGCGCAUGGUUAGCAGGGGGAAACAAUCCUUUUCUUAGUAUCUUGGUGUUUAUCUAUUUUGAGUACCUUUAGAUAGAGGUAUGUAGCGAAACAGCCGACCAGCGGUUCACCGACCAGCUUUUUGCCGUUCAUG